AUGUUAUGGUCUGGUAGUAAGAGAUGUCGCUGGAUUUGUAUUGGGUGUGAUGAUGGAUUUGUGGUAGGAAAAGUGGUUAGAGUAGCAGAUGGAGAUAUUGUUAGACUGGUUGUGAGGGAUGCCGACGGACUGGUAGUUGGAGAUGUUGUUGGACUGAUUCUCGCACAACCAGUGAUAAACAAUCAACCAAUAACAGGGAGUCUACCAGAAGCAACGUUUCUCCAGACGGCUAUAGUUGAUAUCAACUGUACAGAUGCUGUUGAUCCUGUCAAUGGAAGGGUUGCUGUUAAUCUGGUGGACGUUACCAGCUCACCUUCCCCUGGGCACUGCUCAGCGUGUUUCCAGGUCUUCAAUCUAAAUACAGCCGUGCCCAAUGAAUGGAAGUUAUAUUUUGUACCAGGUGAUCUAGACUAUUUCACUGCCAGUAGAUAUGAUAUCCGGGUACAGUGUAAAGAUAGUGCUGAUAUGUUAUCACCAUUGGUCAUUAUUGGUAUAAACGUUAUACCCAAUGCUCCACCAUACUUUUCACCCAUAUAUCAGACAAUAAAUAUAACAAACAGUGGUAAUAGAACAGCGGGAUUUUCUAUUUAUACUGCUACCGCUGUGGAUACCAACAGUGAUUCCUUAUUUUAUACCAUGACUACAUCUGUUACUUCUGAUAUAUUUCAAAUAAAUAGUGCUACAGGAGAAAUAACCUUAAUAAAGCCACUUGGGGGACUAUGCAGAAAUAAUCUGUUGAUUUAUAUCGAAGCUGUUGAUAACGUAAAUCCAGAAAGAGCAAGAUUGACGUUAAAUAUCAACUUUCUCCAAAUGAAUCUACCAGCAGUUAUUACCAACAUGAAUAGAGUGGUCAGUAUACAAGAAAAUAGAAAUGUCAAAAGAAUACCAGUAAAUAGAUUUGAUAUCUAUCAACCUAACUUCUCGUGUACAUUAACUGUACAAGUAUCUACCAUGCAGACCAAAAUAACCUAUAAUCCAAUCGAGGGAGCAAUAGAUAUCUCCACAUUAAACUAUGAAGUAGAUUCCAACACAAACAUAACUGUACAGUGCACAGAUGGUCUAUGUUUAUCAACAACUAAGUGGUUAUAUAUUCAAAUACUGGAUGUCAACGACGUUCCUAGUCUCAAUCCACCAUCCCAAAGUUUAACAGCUUCUGAAGGUUUCAUAAACACUGUACCUAAUCUGAUUGUUAAAGAUGAAGAUGUUAACGAUCCCCACAAAUUUGAAAUCGUCAGCAUCACACCAGUUACAGCAGGUUUUGAAAUAUAUCCAGAUACUGGACGCUUGAUCACAACAGUCGAUUUUCGUGUAGACAAGAACAACCAGAUUGUUUUAGAUUUUCUAAUAGCUGCCGAAGAUACCAAAGGAAAGGAAUCUACAAAUAAUGUUUCUAUCCGAUUAACAGUUUACGAUAUUAAUGAUCACAGACCCAAACUCGACAAGUCCUCAUUUGAAUUUACUUUAGAAGAAUGUCACCCACUCGGUGUUUUAGCACAGCUCACUGCUACUGACGAGGACGGUGGAAACAAUGCUCAAAUAACAUAUGAAAAUAUCAUAAAGGGCCCGAUCACAGUAUCUUCGAACGGCACUAUAUCCCUGACAUCACCUCCAGUUGCAGGUUCAUUUACAACAUUAGAAUCAUAUGCUGUAGAUAAAGGAUUAAAUCCGGGGGUAUUAAAGAGUCCUACUCCGGCGGUGAUUACCGUUAUUGGUAUACCGUGUCCAACAGUUAGUACCAUACCACCUGUAACCGACGUUCCGACUCCCUCUAUUGUACCUCCUACUACACCAGUACCUCAACCUACUUUACCUCCAAAUGAACGGAAAAACAAUGUGAAAGAUAUGCUAUGGAUUGCUGGUUCCUGUGUUUUAGGGCUGUUGAUUGCAGCUAUAUUGAUAUUUAUUCUCUACCGGUGUCACAAAGCUGCAAGGUCUCGACAAAGAAACAUUUCGAAAUCAAUGACUGAUUUGACACCACGGAAACGUGAAAAGCCUAUAAAGCUUGAUAAAGUAAGACGCCGAUCGUCCGUAAUGGCUGAAAACCCGCCUGAUGCCCCUAAACAGACCCAGAACGAUUACUUUAAUAACGAUGUUAAAGAUACCUACAGAGAAAAUUAUAAAAAGAAGGAUUUGCCAAGUGCGGUUGAAACAACGUAA